AUGGAGUGGGUAAGAGGAGGCUGCCUUGGCUACGGCAGUUCAUCUACAGUCCACCUUGCAACCCCCAAAAACUCAUCUUUUUCGUAUCCCGCAGUGAUGGCGGUGAAGUCCUGCAACCAAGCCGACGCCAACAUCCUCGAGAACGAGAGAGAAAUUUUGAAUGAAAUUGGCUUCUGUCCAGAAAUCAUCCAAUAUUUCGGCGACUGUCAAACUACCGAAGAAAACAGCGAAUGCUUAUAUAAUUUGCUUUUGGAGUAUGCUGAAGGAGGCAGCUUAUCUUACAAGCUCAAGAAGUCUGGUGGUUGCUUGCAAGAAAGUGAUGUAAAAAAUUACACAAAAUCGAUACUGAAAGGUCUGCGCCAUAUUCACACAAAAGGGUUUGUUCACUGUGACUUGAAGCUUGAUAAUAUUUUGCUGUUUGAGAAUGGUCAUGAAGUGAAGAUUGCGGAUUUUGGGUUGGCAAAGAAAGCAGGGGAGAAACAGGGGAGGGUGGAAAUUAGAGGGACUCCUCUUUACAUGGCACCUGAAUCAGUCAACAACAAUGAAUACGAGUCAGGGGUUGAUAUUUGGGCUCUUGGGUGUUCUAUUGUUGAGAUGGUGACAGGGAAACCAGCAUGGAAUUGUAAGCCAGGAACCAAUAUGUUUGCGUUGCUGAUCAGAAUUGGAGAGGGAGAUGAAUUGCCAAUGAUACCUGAAGAAUUGUCCCAAGAAGGCAAAGAUUUUUUGUCGAAGUGUUUUGUUAAAGAUCCUACACAAAGAUGGACUGCUGACAUGCUUUUGGAACAUCCUUUUGUUGCUAACCAAGUUAAAGAAACUGUUCCAUUGAAAGAAGAAAGUGAAGAAUUAUCAACAUCACCAAGAUGCCAUUUUGAUUUCUCUGAGUGGGUUUCUGUUCAAUCAUCAUCGCCACGAUCAGAGUUUUGGUCCGAUGGCAAAGUGGAUUCAAUAUUCCCUUCAUUAAAUUCAUCUUGUUGGACUUCGCCGGCUGAUAGAAUCCGGCAGCUAACAGGUGAUCGGAGUUGCAAUUGGUCUGACUCUGGGUGUUGGGUCACCGUUAGAUGA